UUGGAGACGGGGUUGGGGCUUUGGUGGAAUCUGCGGCGCUGUGCGGCUCCUUUUGGCUCUGCCUGGGGCCCAGCUGGGCCGUGGAGCAGACGAAGAUCCCGGCCUUGAGCCGGUUUCCUCCAUGUGAGUGACUGACCCGUCGCCGGAACGUCCGGCGCGGGCCCCGAGCUGGGCGUGAGGCGCGAUCGGGUCUGCGCAGCACGAGGCGGGUCGCCAGCAGACGGAGCGUUCCGCUCGCGUCUCCAGAGGCCCCGAUUGCUAUUAAGGACCUAUAUACUCAAAAUAGAAGAAAAUGAAAAGAAAGGUAACAAAAGUUCGAAACUUUAGAUUUAGUCCCAAUGAGGAAGCCUUGCUCUUGAAGGAAGAAUAUGAAAGAAGAAGAAAACAAAGAUUACUACAGGUUAGAGAACAGGAAAGAUGCAUUGCUUUUCAGAUAAGACAAGAAGUAAAGCAGAGGAGGGAUCAGCACCUCCAUCAUUUGGCAGAAGAGUUGAGGAUAGAAUGGCUAAAGACACAAGAACAGAAAAUUAAAGAACUGGAAAAACUGUACGUGGCAAGCUUACGAUCUGUGGGAGAGGGACAUCGUGGCGCUAAGGAAAACGCUCCUGAUAUAGAUGAUUUGAUAAAGCAAAGAGAGGAAAGGCAACAGAGAGCGGAGGAAAGAGGCCAGGAAGCAUUGAAAAAAGUGAAAAAUGAAAAAGAGGAGCUAUUGAAACAAAAAACAUGGUACAUAGAAACUCGUAAGAAAGUACUACACGAGGAAAAAGAAAGAGCUGCAAAAAUUGCAAGUCUGCCACCUCCUCCUCCAAAUCCUUUUGAGGCAGUCCUCACACUUAAGACAUGCUACCUUCCUGGAAAAGGCACAAGUGUUCAAGUAAAGGGAAUUUCUACAUUAAAGACCAAUGCUGCUAGUAACCUUCCUACUUAUCAUCAUCUUCACCCAAGUGUCAUAAAUGAGGAGAAGGAUUUAGAGCAGAACCUUCAACUGAAGCACAUUUCUAAGAUUACUGGCACUACUACUGCUACCUGUUCUGCUUAUAACUUUGAACCAACUGUGGAGAGAGAGAUGGAAGUACAGCAGCCAGAUCCUCAUUUGGCUGCUGAAGAGGAAACAAAGAGGUUGGAGGAACUACAGAAAGAAGUAAUACAAGAAAGGAGAGAACAGCUUGAAAAGGCUCACAUACGGGGAGUUCAUGCCAUGAGAAAGGUCCAUUUGGCUAAAAACAGAGAGAAAAUAAUGAAAGAGCUGGAACAGCUGCAGCAAGAGGACCUGGCUCGUAGGAGGCAGAAUGUGGCCCAGAUGCCACCACAGGUGGUUGAGCUGCCAUACAAGCGCAUGGCCAUCAAAGAGGACUGGCAGAGGGAAUUAGAGUUUGCCUUUGAAGAUAUGUAUAACUCGGACAAAAAGGUGAAAGGAAACCUGAUUUUGAAACUAGAGCCAGAGCCUUUGCCAGUUGUGAGUGAACUCAACCAAGAUGAAGAACUGGAUCUUUCAAUGGAGCAAGACUACGCAUCUGAGGAGACUCAGAACCAAGAGAGAGUGGAAGAAGAAACUCCAUUUCUCACAGAAACAGACAUUCCAGAGGCACAGGAAACUCACCAUGCAUCUUCAAAAACUGUGUUAAAAAAAUUACUAGACAGAAUCCAAAGCCAAAGAUCACAGUGGGCAAAGUACACUCCUGAAGAUGAAAGUGAAAUGCCUAAAAUUUUUACUGAUGCUGAAAGUGAGACAUUGACAGUAGAGACAGGAACAAUUACCAGUGAAGAAAAACUGUUGGAUAAACCAGAGCAUACACAGGAACAAGGUGAAACAAAACAACUUACUGGCAUUGGAGGUGAAACAUUCAAAAUUGAGUUGGGAACAAUGCUGGAAGGAGAAAAACCAUUCAAAAACCUUACAGAAUCUGGAAAGAAAAAAGAAUCAUCUGAAAACGAAAUGUCCCUGUUAGAUGAAAGGUCGAUUCUGCUUCAUCCUUAUGAAAAGGCAACUCAAGUUAGAAUGGUAAUGAAGAAACAAAAAGAGAUGAUGAAACUUGAACAACAAAAGCAGAAGCAGAUUGAAUUAAUUAGACAGAUUGAACAACAGAGAAUAAGAUUGGAGAGUGAAUGCCUAAAGGCUCAAAAAGCUCAACUAGAAGAUGAGAGGAAAAAAAUGAAAGAAAGAACUCAGCAGUUUUAUUUAAGAUGUAUGAAAUCUUACCCCUUUAUGGACCAGAGGAAGGAAGAAGCCGAUGCGGUCUCUCAGCAUUUGAUUGAUGAUGCUCCAGCAUUAGGCUUGAAAAUUUCCAGAGAAGAUCAUAGUAGACAAAUGAUUCAUAACUACCAGCAACAUCUUUUGCAGCAAAACAGGUUUCACAGACAAUCCAUUGAUGCAGCCAGGAAACGUUUGCAUGAGUAUCAGAAUAUGUUAAAACAAAGAUACCCAUCCGAGUCAACCAAGUCCAUUUCGUCUGAUUUUGCAAAGCCUAAGGGUGAAUUGCGUGAUAGAAAAACACUGGCACUCCAGGCCAGCUCUCAGCGUCCAGGAGAAUCAAGUCUGCAUUCAUUACCAAGUUAUCCUGCAGUAACAGGAGACUCCCAUUUGCUUUCCAUAGAAAGCAGUGAAAGGAUGUCUUCUGAUGAGACUGCUGUUUCUUAUUCAGGGUCACUGUUAAUUGAACCUACGCUUAGUUCAGUACCUUCUGCUGAACCUGAAUCUAAAUUUAGAAGAAUCCAAAAUCUCUUUUCAACUAAGAGUCAAAGUCCACAGCCCUCACGUCAUUUCAUAAGUUCAGAGGAUAGGUGCUUCAUUUCUUCAGAUCAUAUCCUAUCUCAGAAGGAUAGUUUGAAGACAAUGCAAAAGCAGUUAGAUGUACAAAGGAAAACUCUUCAUUUUGGUGAGAAAACCCCAGAAGAAUUGGUUGUACCUAGGCAGACUGAAUUGGAAGAGAGGAUACUUUCUAAUCAGACUGGGUCCUCGUCUUCAGUGCCAUCAUUCCCUCAGCACUCAUUUACUUUAUCCCCUUCUGCUGAACCUGAAUCUGGAAGAAUCCGAGAACCCUUUUCAAUCAAGAGUGACAGCAUAGUUCCCUCAGGCCAUUCCAUAACGCAAAUAAUUCCAGAUAGACUUUUAUCUUCUUCAGAGGACACCCUGCAUCAGCAAUAUAAUUUGAACACAACCCGAGAACAGUUGAAUAUGCAAAGGGAAGCCCUUCACUUGUGCCUGAAAGCCCAGGCAAAAGUGGUUUCACAUAAAUCAGCUUCAGUAGAGGAAAAAGUACCUUCUAGUCAGACUGGGUCCUUACCUUUCCUACCAUUGGUCCCUCAGCAUUCACUUAGUUCAUCACUUUCUGCAGAAUCUGAAUCUAGAGGAGUUCAGAAACUCUUUUUAACUAAGAAUGAAAGCACAGUUCCUUCAAGCACACCCAUAAAACAGGUAUUUCAGGAUAGACCUCCGAUGUCAGAGGAUAGCCUACCUCAGCAGGACAGUUUGGAUAUUUUGAAAGUAAUGCAAGAGCAGUUGGCUGUUCAGAAGGAAGCCCUCCUCGCUGGCCAGAAAACGCAGGAGCAAAACCUUGCAAAUAGACUAGCUACGGUAGAAGAAAAGAAGUCUGCUCAGCCAGAGUCUCCUUUACUGCCACUUUUCCCUGAGCUUGCACUUAGUUCAUCACCUUCUAAUGAAUCUGAAUCUGUAGGAGUUCAGAAAUUCCUUUUAACAAGGAAUGAGACUACAUAUCCUUCAAGCUAUUCCAUAGAUCAGGAUAGACGCUUGAAUUCUUCCAAACCAAUGCUAGUUCAGCAAGAUAACUGGAAAAUGAAUGAAGAACAGCUAGAUUUGCAGAGGGAGUUAUUUCACUUUAGUGAGAAAGCUCAGAAAGAGUCGAUUGUUCAUCAGCCCACUGCAGUGGAGGAAAGAACGCCCUCCAGUCGCACCGGGCCCUCUUUAGUACCACUGUUUCCUCAGCAUUCAUUUAGUUCAUUACACUCUGCAAAAUCUGAAUCUGGAGGGAUCCACGACCCCUUUGCAAGGAAAUGUGAGCCUGAAUGUCCCUCAGGCGUUUCUUCAACCCAGAUAUUUCAGGAAAAGGUUUUGGCUCCUUCAGAGCACAUUCUACCUCAGCAGCAUAAUCAGGUGGCAAUCCAAGAACCAUUAAAUGUACAGAGGGAAGCCUUUUGCUUUAGUGAGAGAACUCAGGAAGAGCUGUUGGUACAAUCUAAGAUAGCUUUAGAGGAAAGACUGUCUCCUAACCAGCCUAACUUUUCUUUCCUGCCACUAAUACCACAGCAUUCAUUUACUUCACUACAUUCUACUGAAUCUGGAGGCAUCCAGAUAGCUAGUUCACAUCCUGCAGCCCCUAAUAUCCAGAUAUUUCAGGAAAAGCUUUUGGUUUCUUCAGAGCACAUUCUCCCUCAGCAGGAUGAUCUGAACCUUCAGCAAGAACAGUUGGCUGUAGAGAGGAAAGCCCUUCAGUUUAGUGAGAGAGCCCAGCAACAGACAACAUUGAAUGAAAGAUUAUUUUCUGGUCAGACUGACUCCUCUUUUGUGCCAUCAUUAGCUGAGCAUGCAUCUAGUUCAUCACUUUCUCAUUCUGAAGAAAUCCAAAACCCUCUUAUGGACAAGAGUGAGAGCACACAUCCUUCAAGUUAUCCCACAGUCCUGGUAUUUCAGGAUAGGGUUUCAACUUCAGGUGACAGCCAAUAUCAGCAAGAAAAUUUGAAAGCCACACAAGAGGAGUGGAAUAUACAGAGGGAAGCCCUUCCCUUUGGCCAGAGAUCCCCAUUACGGUAUCUUGACUACAGACUUGCUGCAGUGGAGGAAAGGACAUUUAGUCAGACUGAUUCCUCUCUUUUUCUACCACUGUUCCCUCUUCAUUCAGUUAGUUCAUUGCCUUCAGCUGAAGCUGAGUCUAAUGCUGAUUCUGGAGGAUUCCAAGAACCCUUUUUAACCAGUGGAGAAAACACAUUUCCCUCAAGCCAGUCUUCAGUCCACACGUUUCAGGAUAAGCUUUUGGCUUCAAAACAUUUUUCAGCUGCUCAAGACAAUUUGAAAGAGCUACAGAAACAAUUGAACAUACAAAAGGAAUUUUUUGAGGAGAGACAGAAAGCCCAAGAAGAAUGGCUUCUCCAAAGACAGACUGGGCUGAAACAGCAGGUACAGAAGCAUGAGGAGACAUUAAAGGAUUCACUUUAUGAUAUCCAGGCAAAUAAGUCCGCACCCCAAAAUGUGAAAGAAACACAAAAGACAAUGCAAUUCACACAGUUAUUUCUGCCACAAGAUGUAGAAAGAAAUCAUCCCAAAGAACUUAGUCAUGCAGAUAAGAGUAAAUGUGAUGAUGGUGAAUUGCUUUCAGAAAACAUCAAUCCAGAUGAGCAUACUGGUCAGUUGCAAAACAGAGAACUAAGGCAGAGACUUUCAAAACCACCUGUAGCAAAAAUCAGAUCAGGACUAGAUUUAAAUCAGCAUGAACUUAGUGCUAUUCAAGAAGUGGAAUCACCAAAAACUGGCAGAGCUUCUAUUAGAGAGAAGAGAGAAUGUUAUAGAGAGGCUGCUUCCAAAUCAGCUUCAAGUGACUUGGAUUCUAGCAACCAUGAAGAAACUUUUGAUCAAGAUAGAGAUCUUGUCAGGAUUUCAGUAAGCCAAUACCUGAGUUUGGAGGAUAGAUUACAAGAUAGUAAUCAGGCUAGUAGCCAGCAGCCUGCAAAGCCAGUUCAUACAAGUAGUAAUGAUAGCAUGUAUCAACCAGGCCAGGCUAAGGAUGUUGUAACUGAGAAUCAUGAUUUACUCAGUUAUGCUGCUGAUUUGAAGCAGAAAGUACCUGUAUAUCCUGAUUCAGCUUUUACGCCAAAAAAGAUAGUGUCUUCCAUACCAUGGUCCACUAAUGACCUUGUUUCCCAGUCUCAUGCACAGGAGCUACAAGAUGACCAGUCGUCUUCAUUAACAGUGUCUACUGGGAGCUUCUUAAGUAAUGACAAGACUUAUUUAAAUCUUGCAAAUUCAGAAUUGGAACAAACUUUUCCACAUUUACAUCAUCAGCUCUUUCAUACUCUGGAACCAAGCCCUAACUUGGAUCUCUUAUCACCUCUUUCUCAGUCUGGACUUUCUCAAGACUUGAGCAAGACCACAUACCCUUCAACCCCUGAAAGCCAAGAUGCAUCUGAGUCUCAUGAAAGCACAGCCUCCACCACAGCUGUGAGGGCCAGCCUUCAUUCCUCUCUUGAUAUAAACUUUCAUUCUGCUAUGAAUAGAACAGGUGUCCCUCUUAAUUCCUCCAAAACUGAAGAUUUUCCUAAGGAAAAAAUUAUUUUGGUGUCUGAAGAAUCCUUUCAACCCCUUCAGCCUGAAUCUACUCCAAAUGACAGUAGCCAUUCUACUGAUUUACAAAGCAUUGAAGCUGAAAGACCUUCACAAAACUUUAAAAAAGAAAUAUUUCCUCUUAGAAAGCAGGAUGAGGAGUUCCUAAUACAGAAGAGAAGUGCUGAUUUAUCUCCAUCAGGGGCAGUUCUGCAGAGCCCAACUUUUAGUUCCUCUGAUGAUCCAUAUCUAUUUGAUAGAAUGAGGGUGCCACAUAGCACACCUUAUGAUUCUUCUUCAAGCAAGAGUUCAACAAAAGACCAAGUGCAAUCCAGAAAGGAGGAUUUGGGUUUUGAAGAAUUAUCCUAUGAAAUGAGAAGUCAAACAGAAGUUAUUGCAGGUGCUCGGAGGGAAACAAAUAGUAGGUGUGUGGUCAGAGAUCCAGAGACACUUUUGGAAAGAUCAGGUGGAUCCAUAACAAGUGAAGAUGUGGAGAUCUUUCGAAACACACCUCAAUCACUGCCCUCAUCAUUCUUAAUAAGUCUCAGAUCAUGUUCAUUACAGAGCUCUAUACCAGUUUGGGAGACCACAUCUGGAAAUGGUAUCAUGGAAGAGGCUGAACUCACUUUAAUCAGCUCCAGUGACAAUAGUGUUACAGAUUCAGAUUUGGAAAAUUUGAUCCAAGAAGAAAACAAUGGGAGUGAAUUGAAAAGCAGUUUUCAGAUGAAACAAGAUUCAGAGUUGAAAGAAUCCUCAGUUUGGAAACCAGAUUUAACUGUUACAGAACCUCCUGAGGAGAGACCAUCAUCCUCCUUCCAGCAUCCAGACACAUUCCAAGAAUUUAGUUCUGCACCAGGAAGUUUACAAGAAGUGUUUGUAAAGAAGAAUAAUUCAUUCGUUGAACAAUCAUCAAAAAGUCAAAAAGAAAUUGAAAAUAAAAUUCAAACUUCUGGAAAAUCUCAGCCUAAAUCAGCUCUAGAAAUUGAAAGUAAAAAGCACCCAGUGGAGAGAAAGCCUUCUGAGCCAACAAUAAAUCAGUUGAAGAAAGUGAAUGAAGUUAAAGUGUGUUUCCCUGAAGAUAGGAAGACUGCACAAACACUUACGCAUCAGCGGGCUUUAAGGUUAUAUAAUCAGUUAGCUGAAGUGAGACAACAAAAGGAAGAGAAAUCAAGACAAGAAGCCUAUGCUAGAAAUAGAGAAAGGGCAAAAGAGUUUCACAGGAAAACACUGGAGAAACUACGAGCAAAAACCUUCCACUAGGACAAAAGGACUUUGGAUGUUAUUUCAGGAUUUUACCCUGUACUACAGAAUGCAUACUUGAUGCUAAUAAUUGACUCAUGAUAUACCUCAGAUUAACCUGACUUGUAAAUAUUCCUUAAAAAUAUAUAAUUCAAUAAAUUUUUAUCACAAGUACA